UAUGAGCGAGUGAACGAGAGAAAGCUGAGGGCAACUGUAACUCACUGCAUGACAGGAGCGUCGCUGAAAUCGUCUGCAGACAAGACACAAGUAACCUGCACUGUUCUAUCCGUACACUUCGUGGACCUUCUGUCUGGUGCUUCUGCUAGAGUUUUUUGUGCAUUUCUUUGUGAAAUAGGAGUAUGCUAUUUCGAGAGCAGCCUUGCAAAUGAUUUAUCUUCCGUCUUUCUGGGACUUUGUAGUAAAUGUCAGAUGAUUCAACCCCAGAACGCAAUACUGUAACUGAAUCAAAGACUACUUUUUUUCGGGAUAAAUAGGCCUACCUACACAAUAUUGAUUGACGCAACCGAUUGAGACACUCAGACGCUCGUGUUCAAGUGAGGAUCAGCUCAAAGCAUAUCCAAAACGGAUUACUGUUCCAAUGGUUUCCUGAAAAGGGGGCGUACCAUAUGUAAGAAGAAACAGACUUUACGCGCAGAUCAUUCGACUACAACCGCGCAUUGUGUACUGUAAAGUUGACUGGCUGCUGGAACUCGAAAUGUAUGUUAGAAUAGCACAAUUUCUUUGACCCGAUUAAAUAUUUGAAUGCGCAUGUUUUUAAAAGAAAACAGUGUUUCCACAUGCUCUUAUUUGAAUAGGCUAUAUGUCAUUUGGAAAUACUGUUUGAUUUCUUUCUAUACUUUUCUUGCACGGCUGGAACAAGCGUUGCCAUGCAGGCCAUCAUGCACUGUUGCACAAUGUUAGAGAUACAACUGAUCGUCUGACACCAUAUCUAAUUUUAGGGGAUAUCUUGUAGGCUGUCUCAACCAACUAUUGGAAAUGUAUUUUGCGUAAACAGCUUGCUGGAUAUGUUAGAGAUACAACUGAUCGUCUGACACCAUAUCUAAUUUUAGGGGAUAUCUUGUAGGCUGUCUCAACCAACUAUUGGAAAUGUAUUUUGCGUAAACAGCUUGCUGGAUAUUACACCACCAUGAUGGCAAACGAGAAUCCUUAUGACAGUCGCUUUAUUGUCGAAAAAUACAUCCAUAACAAACUGUUGAAGAAGGGAUUUGUAUGGGAAUUUCAAGCAGAAAACGAUUCUCCAAAUAAUUUAUUUGGGGACCCCUCUACACCCAACACCCCCGAAGUUUUUGCACGGAGGUCCCAGCCCACCGCCGCGGUCGAGGACACCGACUCUCCUUUCCAAAACAGGAGUCCGCAACCGGACCCACAUGUCAGGCUCCACAGGGUCCUGCGCGAGGCGGGGGACGAGAUUGAAAGAAUGUAUCUGCGGGACUUUGCAGAGAUGUCGGGGCAAUUGCAUUUUACGCCCAGCACGGCACAGAGAAGGUUUACCGCUGUAAUAGAUGAGCUCUUCAGCGACGGGGUAAACUGGGGUCGGAUUGUGGCUUUCUUUGAGUUUGGAGGGACAAUGUGCGUGGAGAGCGUCAACCGGGAGAUGACGUCCCAGGUGGACAACAUCGCUCUUUGGAUGACGGAGUACCUGAACGGACCCCUACAGAACUGGAUCCAGGAGAAUGGUGGCUGGGACGCCUUUGUGGAGAUCUAUGAACAGCAGAGGAUCUCUCACUCCUGGCCGUACCUAAAGACAGUGUUCGGCCUGGCCGCCCUGGGAGCCGUCGGAGUCACCAUCGGAGCCUUGUUCACCCAGAAGUGAUACAAAAGGCCCCAGAGGACCCUCCCCCUCCCCCUCAUCGAUCGCCUGCUACCAGAUGAAGGCUCCUUACCCAGUAGCCCAAAAAAGAAAGGCCCACAGCAAGUUUUCUUUCCGAAAAACUGGCAGCCUAUAACUUUGCUCAGACUACAAGAUCUCGUCUCUCGUCUCUCGCUCUUUCUUUUCUCCAGAUGUAUCUUUGACCUCACAGCUCAGCACUGCCCAGCCCGUGCCUGUAGCCCAGUUCUAUCCCAGAGGAGACUGCACAGCUUUGUUACUCCCCAACUGCCAACAGAGCAGUUCUUUCAUACUCUGACCCGUCCUCCUGCGAAAUUAAAAGAGAAGUACAGCCUUGUAUAUGCAUACACACACAGAUGGAAGCACCCAUGCAUAUUCUAUACUACUGUAGGCACUUAACAACGGUGAAUAUCUAUGGAAAGAUUGUGUACAUACUCUUUGGAUAAUUAUACACUCAUGCAUAGACACACACCAACAGACACACUGAAUAUUGAAUUUUGGAGGUGAACAUAUUCAUACAAACUCAAGCGUGCGUUCUAACAACAAAAUUACUUGUAUGAUGAAUGGUUAAUGAACAUAACACAACAAGUGAUUGUUUAUCCAUAAACUGAAAAACAGAUAUCUCUUUUCAAUAACUUUUUUCAGCAUGAUUCUGUGGUACAUGUGACAUGUAACAUUGACAAAAAAAAUAUUUAAAAAAUAAAACCUCCCAAAUGUACAGUACACAUCCAGCUUCCAUCGCCAGCAUGUGUGGUGAAAGUGGCCAUUUUUGACCAGAUUGUCCAUGUAUGCAUGAUGACUUUUGAUGACAUGGAGCACAUUUGGCAGAAUGAUUGGUUGGGACAGAGUCAGGGUCGUGUUCAGUGGGCCCGAAAUGGAAGAAAACGGCCCGAAACCAGUGAAAACAGGAGUUACUAUCCAAACUUGUCCAAUCAGAAAUGCUCCUUUUUGUUUUCCGGCCUAUUAAACACAGCCUAGGUGUUUUUCUAUAUGAGAGGGAUGUUUGGUUGGUGAAAGCUCACUGUACACAAACCCCCAAGGGAACAAUCAACAGACCAAUUCCUUAUUAAAGCGCUUGUCCCUGA